AACGGAGAGAGCGCUUUAUGUAGUUAAGUCCCCGUGGGAGAAAACCGUCGUCCUUCCACCGUCCUUCCCCACGUUUUAAAGAUUUACGGAAAACCAGACGGUUGGACACCCCGACUGUCAAGAUUCGUCUCAGGCAACGCCUUCCUUAGUUCUUGAGGUCUGGACAGGCGAAUGUCCCGCCGAAAAAUGUUGGAAUUCUCCAAAUGUCCCUGGCAGCGUGACCGGGGGCGUUGGAGAGCUUUGCUGCUAGCGGCGCGCAGAGGGACGAUCGCGGCGGCCGCUGCGACUAUUCAGUUGAAGAGGUCCGAAGGCGUGAAAAGAGCCAGCCGGGGGGAGAGGAGAGAGAGAGGGAGCGGCCAGCCUCAGGCCCCUCGCCAUGCCUCGGUCGUUCCUGGUGAAGAGCAAGAAGGCUCAUAGCUACCACCAGCCCCGAGCCCCCGAUGGCGACUACGGCGGCACCCUGGAGAGCGUCUUGGCUCAGAUCUGCGCAGAUAGUACGGUUUCGCACCUGGCUCUCCCCGAACGGAAUCUCCCCCCAGAUCGCCUCUCCCCGGAUUCUCAGGUGCCCGAUGGGGCGGACAGGAGCUCCGAUUCGGCCCCCAGCUGCGAAAGCAGCAGCGUUUGUGAUCCGGCCGCCGAGAUGGAGGAUUUUUGGAGACCGCCCUCCCCCUCGGCUUCCCCAGCUUCUGAGCGGUCCAUCUGUCCAUCCUUAGAUGAACCUUCCCACUUCUCCCUGCCCCUGAAACCCUACACAUGGAGCAGCCUUGGAAACACCGAACUGAGACAUUUGGUACAGAACUGCAGGCCUUGCUCAACUCUGGAACGUGGUCUCUUCUGUGAGCGAGGAUCUGAGCCUGCUCUCUAUGCCUCAGAGCGUAACUCAGCCCUUGGACUCUAUGGUGACUUUGGCUCUCCUGGACUCUUUGAGCGGCCAGCGGCAGCCCCUGGGAUCUUUGUGGAGACCCCACCUGGGCUGCAACCCGAGAAGAGUGCAAAUAGCAUCAAACUGGAAUCGGAACUCCUUUGCCGCCCUCUGUUGCUCAGCAGUGGCUCCUACAAAUGCGUCAAAUGCAGCAAGGACUUCUCUACUCCGCAUGGCCUAGAGGUGCAUGUUCGUCGCUCACACAGUGGCACCAGGCCCUUCGCUUGCGAAAUGUGUGGCAAGACAUUUGGACAUGCCGUUAGCUUGGAGCAGCAUAAAGCUGUGCACUCCCAGGAACGCAGCUUUGACUGUAAGAUCUGUGGGAAAAGCUUCAAGAGAUCUUCCACUUUGUCCACACACCUUCUCAUCCACUCAGAUACCCGGCCUUACCCAUGUCAAUACUGUGGAAAGAGAUUCCACCAGAAAUCUGACAUGAAGAAACACACUUUCAUCCAUACAGGUGAGAAACCCCACAAGUGCCAGGUGUGCGGCAAAGCUUUCAGCCAGAGCUCAAACCUGAUCACUCAUAGUCGGAAACACACUGGCUUCAAGCCCUUUGGCUGUGAUCUGUGCGGCAAAGGUUUUCAGAGGAAGGUGGAUUUGCGGCGACACCGAGAGACACAGCACGGCCUGAAAUGAGAACCUGGUGGACUCUGGAAUAACAGCACAAACACUAUGUCUGCGAACUUCCCUUUUCUCCUUGUGGGCUGCCUGCGUCCUGCCUUUGUCUCUCUGGUCUGAUCCUUGAGUUCACUUCCUGCCCUUUUCUCACUAAAUAGGAAGUUGGGAGGAACUUGGUGAGAGGUUUACAGAAAUUAACUCAAAAGGCCUUGGAAUGAAUAUGAAAUGCCAAGCCUAAAGAGGUGGGAAGAAGCACCUUUUCAGAAUUAAAUCUUGGACGAAUAACAUAUGUACAGUAUCUGUUCCCCUUUCACUCACACCUUGUGGCACAGAAGGCCCUAUUUGGAUAAGCUACUGGCAUCCGUGAACCAGGAAAUUAUUUUUCCCAUAGAAUCACACAUACCGCGUUGGUUUCCUGGAAGUUAAUUUUCUGGGUUGCUCAAACUUCACAUGGUAUAUAAUCCCACAAAGGGGAACAAUAAAGGAGAGUGUGAUUUUUGUUUUGUACCGCUUAAGAGUUAAAACUUUAUGUUUUCAUUAAAUUAUUAUUAUUAUUUUGCCUGGGAAUUUUAAGUGGAGGGGGGAACUGUAUUUCCCACUCUGUCAGGCAGAAAGUACCUCAAGGGAUGGUAAAACCCAUAAUUGAAAAGAAGGUCCUGUCCAGUGCUACAGUGAUGAGAGAUGUGAAGCAGGGGUGGGUUCUACUUACCUUUACUACUGGUUUGCAUUGCACCCAAGUGCAAUUGCUUGCUUCACUCGUGCCUCCACAUGCUCUUCUGCACAUGUGCAGAAGCUUCUGCGCAUGCGCAGAUCACCUAUGAUGACAUCCGGGUCAGUGGGUGGAGCCUCCCGCCGGUUUUACUACCCGUUCUUGUGAACUGGUCCGAACCGGGGGCAACCCACCACUGAUGUGAAGCCUUGCGCCAUCAAUGUUGUAGCCAUUGAGUCAGUUCCAUCCCAGCCACAUAAAUAUUCAAAUAUGUGUUUUUUUAAAAAAAGAGAAGAACUCCGUGAAUGUUUCUUUUAUCACUCAUUAUUAAAGUAAUACAGUGGGCCUAUUGAAGUGAGUAAAGGAAGUUCAAAAACAUCAGUGGGAGUGAGAGGAAAAAGUUUAUAUGUUUUUCUACAUAGCUCACCAACCAACCACAAGUAAAGUGUUAAUACCUUUGUACUGUCCGCCUCCUCAAAAUUACAAUGGAAGAUCCUAUUAGGCCAUUUCUGUGGGUUGUUCCUGGCCAUUUUGUUAGACUAUUGAACACUAGUGAGGGCCUGAGGCAAUGUUUUUUUCCCCUGGAAGAAGAUAGAGUUUCCCCACCACUUCAGCCUCAGUUUUAUGGUGUCUGCAAGGGGGAAAUUAAUAUUGGGUGCCUCAUGAGGCAAUUAUGUAAUUUGUGACAUUUAUAUGAUGAUGUCACGAUAUGUGUGAUUUACACCAUGGGUCUUUAUUAGAAAAUGCAUUUUCCCCCCCUCACAAUCACUUGCUGGUAUAGGAGCCUGGGAUUAGUAACCUAUAAUCUCUUAUUUUCUGCUGCAGUUUUCUGGUACUUCCAAUUUGCACCUACAAGAAGAUCUCUUGAAACAACUGGUCUUUUUUUUUUUUUGCACUGUCCAUUGUAAGUGAGUCUCCUGUUUGGUUUUUCAAUGGGGUUGCCCUGGAAUCAAAGUUGAAAGACCCAUGACACCCUUUACAGAUUAAGAUACUGAAUGCCUUAAAUUAUGUGGAAAGAAAUAGGCACUCAAAGCAGGCAAGAUCAUAUAUCCUUUGGUCCUCAGCUGGGCACCAAUGUAAAAUAGGGGUGCUGCUAGCCUGCAGUACUACCCUAAUGCUCUGUCCCACAAUCUUAUCUCGGAUGAGUUCUAUUUAUUUAUUUAUCCCUAUGCCAUGCAUUGACUCUUCAGUAAUGACUAUCAAGGCGGGAAUUUGAGGGAACAUGAUGUCUCAGUGGUGUCCUUCAAAAGUUUGAAUCUACCCAAUGAAGACUGACAGUCAUUCUCUAUACACAUGCUGCGUACACUCUGUACACAUAUGUGCAUGAAAAUAGUCUAUGUUUUUCGGGCAUUGGAAAGAACACCGUUUAUGAGGAACUGCAAAGAGAGAACUUAAACAUAAAGCAAUCAGGGUCUUAAUGCUAGAUGUUUUAGAGAUUUGUCCUCAAGGGGAAAGGAACAGGUAGGGAGAGUGACAAAUUUCCCUUCCUAAAACAGCACUGGAACUUUGCAGUUAAGUAUCACGUAGGCAAGAAACAGCCUCCAAAUCAGAUCUGCGUAGCUAGAUAGUUCAUAGCUGACCAUCCCUAAUCAUGACGACACCAGAAGGACAAGACGUAUCUCGUGACAGCAUGGUGCGAGUUCUGCCUUGCUUCCAUCAUGCUGUGACAUCGCACAGAAGAAACAAAGGGCGGCGUUUGUGUCACAACAUCAAAAUGCAUGUACACAAUUCCUCAUUUGCCCCCAGCCUUCCUUACCUAUGUAUGGGACAGUUUGUCUUGAAGUAGUUCUGGGUCAAAAAAAAAAUGAGUUGCCUUAACUAAUCCUGACCAUACCUCACUAUGAGAAGGGAAGAAAGUGGGGGGAGGGGAAAUCGUUUU